ACUGUCCCCUCCCGGCAGCCUCACCUAGGCCCCUCCAGUGGCGGCCCCUUGUCCCCUGCACCCAUGCCUGGCCUUGGAAGUUGCUGCUCACUUUUCUGGAAUAUUCUUUUCUUAGAUCUCUGCAGGACAGUCCCUACCCCUACAAGGGCUCCACACAUGUUCCCUCCUUCAUGACUCCCACUGGGCUUCCCCGGCAGAGCCCCAUGUCUCCAAAGCUCUGGUGACACCUGCCAGGCUUCCUCCAGGCCACAGCUCCGCAGCGCGCGUCUGAAAGAGAAUAGGAAGUGGCCCGCAGGGCAGGCUGGCUGAGGGCCCCAGCACUGUCAGCGGGGUCUGAGGUCCUCCCAGCCCUGAAGGGGAAACUGGAGCUUCUCAGGCCAGCCCAGGACGCGUCCUCAGGAACCACAGCAGUAAGACUUUGACCCCGACGCAGGCUUCAGUGGUUGCCGUGGAUCAGAAGCCUGAGCGCUUUGGCUCGAGACAAUUAAGGACGUGGGAUGAGGCUCCGAGACAGGACGCGGUUCUGCCUGGGGACCCUGAAGAUAAAAAGCUUUCAAAAGUCGAAUUCAUGGUCGUGGAAGCCGAGCCCAUAUUAAGAGAUGUCAGGCGUCCGACCUCCAAUCAUGAACGGGCCCCUGCACCCGCGGCCCCUGGUGGCACUGCUGGAUGGCCGGGACUGCACGGUGGAGAUGCCUAUCCUGAAGGACGUGGCCACCGUGGCCUUCUGCGACGCGCAGUCCACGCAGGAGAUCCAUGAGAAGGUCCUGAAUGAGGCCGUGGGGGCCCUGAUGUACCACACCAUCACACUCACCAGGGAGGACCUGGAGAAGUUCAAAGCCCUGCGCAUCAUCGUCCGGAUCGGCAGUGGUUUUGACAACAUCGACAUCAAGUCGGCCGGGGAUUUAGGAAUCGCCGUCUGCAACGUGCCUGCAGCGUCCGUGGAGGAGACAGCCGACUCGACGCUGUGCCACAUUCUGAACCUGUACCGGCGGGCCACCUGGCUACACCAGGCGUUGCGGGAGGGCACGCGAGUCCAGAGCGUUGAGCAGAUCCGAGAGGUGGCGUCUGGCGCCGCCAGGAUUCGUGGAGAGACCUUGGGCAUCAUCGGACUCGGUCGUGUAGGGCAGGCGGUGGCGCUGCGAGCCAAGGCCUUCGGCUUCAACGUGCUCUUCUACGACCCCUACCUGUCAGACGGCGUGGAGCGGGCACUGGGGCUGCAGCGCGUGAGCACCCUGCAGGACCUGCUGUUCCACAGCGACUGUGUGACACUGCACUGCGGCCUCAACGAGCACAACCACCACCUCAUCAACGACUUCACCGUCAAGCAGAUGAGACAAGGGGCCUUCCUGGUGAACACGGCCCGGGGUGGCCUGGUGGAUGAGAAGGCGCUGGCCCAGGCCCUGAAGGAGGGCCGGAUCCGCGGCGCGGCCUUGGACGUGCACGAGUCGGAACCCUUCAGCUUUAGCCAGGGCCCCCUGAAGGACGCACCCAACCUCAUCUGCACCCCCCACGCUGCAUGGUACAGUGAGCAGGCAUCCAUCGAGAUGCGAGAGGAGGCAGCACGGGAGAUCCGCAGAGCCAUCACAGGCCGGAUCCCAGACAGCCUGAAGAACUGUGUCAACAAGGACCAUCUGACGGCCGCCACCCACUGGGCCAGCAUGGACCCCGCGGUCGUGCACCCCGAGCUCAAUGGGGCCGCCUACAGCAGGUACCCUCCUGGCGUGGUGGGUGUGGCCCCCACUGGCAUCCCAGCUGCUGUGGAAGGCAUCGUGCCCAGCGCCAUGUCCCUGUCCCACGGUCUACCCCCUGUGGCCCACCCGCCCCACGCCCCUUCUCCUGGCCAAACUGUCAAGCCCGAGGCGGAUCGAGACCACGCGAGUGACCAGUUGUAGCCCGGGAGGAGCUCUCCAGCCUCGGCGCCUGGGCGGAGGGCCGGAAGCCCCUCGGACCAGAGUGUGCAGAGGAGGUGCCUGCGUGGCGGCCGUGGCGCUGCAGAGACUGUCGGGCAGUGCAGGAGGCGGGUGGGCAGCGCCGGGCCCGUGUCGGUUUUCGUCGUCCGUCCCGUGGGCUCUCUGUCCUGUGUCCUUCGCGUUCCUCGUUAAGCAGAAGAAGUCAGUAGUUUUUCUCCCAUGAACGUUCUUGUCUGUGUACAGUUUUUAGAACAUUACAACGGAUCUGUUUGCUUAGCUGUCAACAAAAGGAAAACCUGAGGGAGCAUUCCGAAGUCAACUCGAGGUCAUUUUCUCCUUUUCUAUGUUGGAACGUGCCCCGGAUGAGGCAGUUGGCAAACUUCUCAGGACAAUGAACCCUUCCCGUUUUUCUUUUUAUGCCACACAGUGCAUUGUUUUUUCUACCUGCUUGUCUUAUUUUUAGAAUAAUUUAGAAAAACAAAACAAAGGCUGUUUUUCCUAAUUUUGGCAUGAACCCCCCUUGUUCCAAAUGAAGACGGCAUCACAAAGCAGCUCCAGGAGGAGAAGCUUGGGCGGUGCCCGGCACGCCCGCUGCCCGUCGACGUCUGUCCUGGGGCCGUGGGGGGUGGCAGCGUCCCGCCUGCACCGGUGCCGUCCUGCUGAUGUGGUAGGCUAGCAAUAUUUUGGUUAAAAUCAUGUUUGUGACUGUAACCAUUUGUAUGAAUUAUUUUAAAGAAAUAAAAAUCCCGGAAAGAG